ACAAGCAUAGCAUAGUACUGCUAGCGUUUCUGAACUGGUUUUGUGAAAUGGCGAAAUUGUGACUUCAAUCAAUUUCUACUUACGUUCGAUAUUACAAUUUUAUAACUAAAUAAUGCGAUUUUGUUGUUACAAAGACUAAUUACUAUUUCAAAUUAUGUUAGUGUGGCUCUGAAAUCACCAACUAUGACGCACGAAGGAAGUUGAUGGGGAUUCUACCCUAGUGUUGGUUCUCUCUGCUUAUUAUAAAAUAAUAAAAUUUUCCACGUAGAAAUAAAAUGAAUAACAACGGAGGAGGCGCUGGAGGUGGAGUGGGGAUGGCAGGAGGUCCAUAUGAGACCAAAAUUGCCGGGUUGUAUGACCUCCUGGAUACCCUGGGUUCCGGGCAUUUUGCUGUGGUCAAGCUGGCUCGGCAUGUGUUCACUGGAGAAAAAGUUGCCGUGAAAGUUAUAGACAAGAGCAAAUUAGAUGAUGUUUCUACAUCACAUUUAUUUCAAGAGGUUCACUGCAUGAAAUUAGUCCAACAUCCCAACGUAGUAAGAUUAUAUGAAGUAAUAAACACACAAACCAAACUGUACUUGAUCCUGGAGCUGGGCGACGGCGGCGACUUGUACGACUACAUCAUGAGGCACGAGUCUGGCUUGUCGGAGUCUCUGGCCCGCAAUUAUUUCCGACAAAUAGUUCGUGCAAUCUCAUACUGCCACAGGUUACAUGUUGUGCAUCGAGACCUGAAACCUGAAAACGUAGUUUUCUUCGAAAGAUUAGGUGUAGUGAAAUUGACUGACUUUGGUUUUAGCAAUAAAUUUUGUCCCGGACAAAAACUAGAGACUUCCUGUGGUUCCUUAGCUUAUUCGGCUCCUGAGAUUCUGUUAGGGGACUCGUACGAUGCGCCCGCCGUGGACGUGUGGUCGCUCGGGGUUAUUCUUUACAUGCUCGUGUGCGGGCAAGCUCCAUUCCAAGAAGCCAAUGACAGUGAAACGCUAACGAUGAUCAUGGACUGUAAAUACACAAUACCACCGCAUAUAUCAACAGGUUGUAAAAAGCUAAUUGGACGUAUGCUAGUUCGCGAGCCAGAGAAGCGCGCCACGCUAGCGGAGAUCUCCGCCGACCCGUGGGUGACCGGCGGCGAGUCCGCCCCAUCGCACGAGUGUGACACGCCCCUCGUGACUCGCGAACAACUCUCAGAGGAGGACCGCGCGAACAUCAUGCAGAGAAUGGUCAGCGUGGCGACCAAGGAACAGAUAUUGGAGGCGCUGGAGAAGAAUGAAUAUAAUCAUAUAACUGCUACGUAUUAUUUGUUGGCUGAGAGGAAGCUUAGAGCUAAAAGGCAAGAAGAAAACUUGGCCCGAAGGCCCGAGGUGCUGAGUGUGUCGCGAGGAGGGUCCCGGUCUAACAAUCUGCUGGCGCCGCCGACGCUCCCCACCGCGCCUCGCACACCACAGGAUGCUCCCCCCAGGUCAAGAAAGUGCAGCAUAGUCCGCGAAGAAGAAGACGACGAGGAGAGCAGCCCCGGCGGGCGCGUGGCGGACGCGCGGCGCGGCUCGCGCUCCGAGGGCCGCCUGCGCGUCGCGCGCCCGCCCGCCGCGCUCGCCGUCACGCUCACCCGGGUGAAUCUAGAAGAUAACCCGACGGAUCCUCCCACGGCACCGGCGGAGAGCUCGGAGGCGGCGGCGGCGCCGGCGGCGGAGAGUGCGGAGGCGCCGCCGCGCGUGCCGCCCGCGCCGCCGCCCGCGCGCCGCCAGCGCCUCGACGUGCGCCGCCGCCGGCCCCGCGCCGGCUCCUGCUCCUCCUCCGACCUCUCCGACGACGACUCCGAGAAGAAGAAGCGCGCCGCCGAGCAGAACGACGCGCCGCCCGAGCGCGCGCGUCGCGACUCGCACGACGACUCCAGCGACAGCCAGGAGCGCGGCGCCGGCGCCGGCGGCCGCGGCGCGCGCCCCGCCGCCCGCGCCGCGCUGCAGGGCGCGCCCGGCGCCGGCGCCGACCGCGGCGGUGGCGCGGCCGGCGACGCGCGCCAGCAGGGCGGCGCCAGCACCGGCCGCCGGCGCCGCGCCGCCCGCAAGGAGUCCCGCCUGCGCGAGUCGCGCUCGCUCAACCGCAUCGCGGAGGUGGAGGAGGCGGCGGCGGCGCGCUGGGCGGGCGCCGGCGGGCUGGUGGCCUUCUGCGGGCGGCCGCUGCUGCGCCUGCUGGCGGCCGCGCGGCCGCAGCCGGCGCAGCGCCGCCUGCACGGCCUGUGCUAGCGCCGCCGCCGCCGCCGGGACCCCGAGUGCCCGGCGCGGCGUGACCCCGCUCCGCUGUCGAGGGCGAGCCGAGCCUCCCCGGUGGACUGUUACGGCGAGGACGCUCUGAGGACGACCGACGACUCGUGCCUGAGCCGUCUCCUCGAGUUUGUGGCGCUCGACGCGGCCGCCGCGGGCGCCGGUCGGCUCGCGGAGGAUCCGUUGGAGCUAAGUUUGCGAGUUUGACGGUCGCGCGCCCACCUGCGACGACUUGCACUCGCCCUCGCCUCGCUACAUGAUACGGUAACUGUUGUGUCGGUCGUGUCGGCCGCGACUCGCUCCACGCGCCGCCAAAAGAUAGUUCUAGUUAAGAAAGUUUUAGUUUAAUCUAACGAUUGUCCGGUGCGGAACUGCCGUCUUGAACAAAGCAAUAAAUUAAACUUAUUUAAUAAUUUCAAUUAUGCAUCCCCGUAGCGUUGUCGACUUAGUGAAUAAUCGAUGCGUUAUAGUUGAUAGACAUAUCGAAAGGUUACAUUUCUGCUAGGACGAUUAUGUUGGUGCGAUAUUUGAAAAAUAAUGAUUAUCGUCAGAAGGAUGUCUUGGCUGAAUGUGAUAUCGAAGUUGAUUAAAACGUGAUGCUGAUGAGUGUAUUACAUUUGUACUGUUCAGUCGACUCCUCGUCGCUCAAGACAACUGUAACAUCAUUUAUUACAGGGGUCUCCAAGAGCCUGGCUCCCGCGGGCCGGACGCUUUGGGUGUCGGCGGGCCGGAUUGGAACGCGUCGCGGGCCGGAUAUGGCCCGCGGGCCGGGGUUUGGAGAGCCCUGGUUUAUUGUAUUUGCGGUAACCCCAACAUAACGAAACAUUUCUCUAUUUUUCCUGAGAUGGUUCAUAGGUAAACAGGGUUACUCCAUUUCAUUUCACGGGUAGGAAUUGAACCUCAUCGUCAUCACAUAUAGGACAAAGUACUGACAAUUCAUAACUGUGCUGAGCAUAAACAUAAACAUAGACCAAUAAUCAAAGAAAUAAUUAAACUUGCUCGUAGGAUUACAGUCGUUUUAAUCGUUUAGAAUAUUAUCAACUUCCGAAAACUGUUGGUUGCUAGUUUGUUUAGUAUGAAACUGUGGCAUUUCCUACAUGUUAGUUAAAUUAGAUGUGUUUUCUGUUACUAGGUUGAUUGGUUUUGUAAAUUGUAUGUGUCUUAAAAUGGGAAUGUUAACUAUGAAAAAAUGUUAAAUGUAUAACAUAAAUAUCUGUGUACAUAAAUAUUAAAUUGUUGUAAAUAAAUAGUCUAUUUCAUAUAUAAUGUUAAAAUAAGUACAGAUUAUUUCGUUCAGUUUGGUGGAACAUUAUCGUUUUAUUACAAAGGUCUAGUUCGACUUGGGCUCAUGGCUGGAGUCCAGCUGUUGGUCCAAAAAAGGUCUGUCGAGUCACAAAAAUGAAACGUUCAUAUUGUAAUUAACUUUUUCAAAUUUGAUGUGCUUGAGUACCAGCUAACAGAGAGGUCCAGCUUUUUAAACUCCGCCAUCGAAUCCACAAGACGGGUCACGGCUUGCGAGCCUCUUUUAACAUCGGUGCCGAUAUGUUUGACUUGCAGUGAUGUGAUGCCAAUAUCAAAUCCGUGAACCUUUAAAUCGCUGGCCCGAUAUUACAGUGCAGGGUUCUAUGUUUCACUUUUAUCGAGCUGUUUGAACAUUGCAUGGUGACAUUAUUCUAUUCAUUAAGUCGAAUUUCAAAUAUCUUGAUAUCUUUAACAUAGAACCCUGUAAUAUUGGACCAGCGAUAUGCUAUCUCGUGUAUUUCGAAACGUCUUUGUAUCAAUAAUAUAGUAUCCCAGUAUGCAUAUCGGUUCACACUUCCAUUUACAUUGCGAGUUGAAUAUGUCGUUUAAAGUUGUUUAUAAAAUUGUGGGUCUGAUCCAAAUUUCUAGACGUCGCACAGCAAAAAUAUUAGGAAUGUCACUGUUCACCUAUUCGUGGAUAAUAAUGAAUACUAAGACGAAGUUACCCUGACAGUCACAAAAUUUUGUGAUGCAGUUUUUUCUGUUGUGUGACUCAAUAACUUUUGAUCUGAUCCUUAUAUAGUUUUGGUAAUUCGCUUUUAGGGUUCUGAUAAUAUGUCAUCAUGUGUGCUAACGGUAACUGUCGUUUCAUUUACCUAUUUGACAUACAUUAUUGUUCUACAUUUUGCGGCUUGUUGGGUUGGACUUAGAAGUAGGUAUGAAAUAUUUGACUUCUGUUUACCUCAGGGUGCUUUGAUAACAUGAUGAUAUUGAUGAUGCAAUAAAAUAACAAGACCAAAGAUUAAUAAAUUGUUUGUUAACUAACAACACUUUGUCCUGGUUGGUGCCAACGUCUAUACAAUUUACGAUUUAUUUAAAUCUUUCAUAAAUAAUGUACUUUGAGAUUGGACUUUUUAUUGGUGCUUGUUAUUUUAACUUUAUACAGGACACUUUUAAGAUGAUUUUUAAUGUAAAAUAAACUAAAUUCAAUAUACCUAUAGAAACUGGAGUGAAGUAGUGUAUUUAAUCGAAAUAUACGUACCUAUAUCUACUACCUACUUAUAUAAAUAAGAUAGUCUAGCGCCAUGAACAAAAUUACUAACAUACUCAUUAUUACAUUUAACUUUGUGGUUUGCAGUGAAGUUCUGAAUGCCUUAAUAUUAUUUCAUUGUCGAUGUCCGAUUGCGUAAUUUAUUGGCCGAUUCAUCAAAUAUAGUACUUCUCUUUCUUAAUAAGCUUUUGAUUGCACUUUAUUCUCAUAACAUAAAUGUCAUGGGACCGUCAGCAUAGUGUCCCUGCAUGGGGACUAGCGCCUUGGUGUCGUGGUACAUAUAAUUGUGUAGUACCUAGUGGCAGUUUGGGAACGCUAAAUGCUUGAAUAGGUACAUUAUAAUUUUAUUGCUAUACUUAUCUUAUUUCUGCAGGCAUUGUAAAUCUAAUAUAAUAUUUCUAUAGACAAUCUGCUGCUUUCUGAUUUUUUUAAUGUACCUAUAUUUUUCUACUGUUAUAUUAUAAAGAAGCUCAUGUUCAAUUUUGUUUUGUAAUUUAUUGCAUGUAAAAUGUAAACGUAUGGUAUUUUCGCUAUCACCGAAGCAGUUACUAAAACAACGGGGUUUUCAGUGCAAUAAUACAGAUAUUAUCCGAGCUUUGAAUUUAUACAUUUAUAUUAAAUUUAUACGAGUGAAGUGGAUAGCUUAAGGCGUUUUAAACUGAUAUUCUAAUAACUGUGUACCUGGUUGCCAUCUGUAUUUGGCGUUAAUUAGGCUUUUGCAAUUGUCCACGACUUGUAGUAAAUAGGUCUUGUAUGUAUUUAUGUAUCAGUAAAUUUAUCACAAUAUGAUUAAGUUUUAUUUGUAGAAUCGUUCAUUUGAUUUCAGAUUCUAUAUUAUAUUGGAUUUCACUAAAAGGGCGAAAUCGUGUAUAACCCUCCACCCAGUUGAAUCCCUGAAUUAUUUUGGUUUCUAACAAUUAAAUACCUCAACGAAUAAAUAAAACGUCAUUUCUUCCAUAUUACAAAUGUAGCUUUAAAUUUAAUUUAAGGAAGCCCCUAAUAUACUUACUAUACUCUUUAAGUAAGCCUCCUCAUGGAGGGAUAUAAAUGACCACCCUCUUGUAUAGUUUUCUUGCCAGAGGCCCUUAUAGAAGAAAUUAAUUUGCAGUAUUGUGUGUAAUAUUAUUUAUUAAAUGUAUUUGUGUCGAA